UCCAUCCCAGAUCCCGAUCUCACUGCUCCAUUCCCCGGCGGCCAUGGAGGGAGACCGCGAGUGACGAAUGGUGGGCUAUCGCUAAAAUCGUCUGUCGUCUCUCUAGCCGCCGGCCAUGGAGGAUGAGGCACUUACACUUACACUCUGGUGGCCCGACCAGCCAGAAUCCCAUGGAAUUACCGUCUGCGAUGAGAUCGCUAGUGAUUUCAUCAGCAAGCUCCCCGAUGCCAUCCUCGUAACCAUCAUCUCCCUCCUCCCCACCAAGGAUGGUGGACGCAUGUCGGCCCUCUCCCCCCGAUGGUGCCACCUCUGGCGCUCCACACCCCUCAAUCUCGAGGUCCGCACCCCACCCUGCGGUUACCCCGUCUCCACCUCCGCCAUCACCCCCACCGCCGUCUCCAAGAUAACUUCCCAACACCUUGUCCCCAUCCGCCGAUUCUCCUUCCAGUGCUUCCUGGAGGGCGACUUAUACACCCAGUUGGAGAGUUGGUUCCACUCCCAAGCCCUCGCCAACCUCCAAUAGCUCGAUAUCAACUACCAGUGCCCCCAUCAAUGUUCUGAGCCAAGAAACCCGCUGCCACCAUCCGUGUUCCGCUCUGCAUCCACCCUCCUCGUUGCCAAGUUCAGCUACUGUGAUUUCCCUGAUGAGAUCUUGCUGUCCAUGAACUUUCCCCUCCUCAAGCAACUCUCCUUGGUGGACGUUACCAUCUCAUGGGAGUUUUUCCAUAGACUGCUCUCUGGAUGCCAUGCCUUGGAGAGUUUUUACAUGUCCGAAGUUCGUGGCAAGGGAUGCCUUCGUGUUAGCUCACGGACUCUUAGAAGCAUUGGUGUCCGCAAUGCCUUUAAAGAAAAAUUAGAGCUGGUGAUUGAGGAUGCCCCUUGCCUUGUAAGGGUACUAUUACCUUUUAGUUGCUACGAUGAUGAUUGUGUUACUUUGCGGGUAAUUUGGGCGCCUAAACUAGAGAUAUUGGGCCCUUUGUUACCUGUAGCCUCCAAGCUCAUCGCCCAGGGAAUAAGCCCAGUUAUGUCAGCAAACUGGAUGCGCACCGUGAAGGUUUUUUGCCUCAGGUCUUCUGGCCUUGAAUUGAACGCAGUUCUUAACAUCCUUAGGUGGUUUCCUCAUCUAGAAAAGCUCUACAUCAUUUUUAAAAAACACAAUGAGAAGGAUAAGAAAAAUGACCCUCAAUAUGACCCUUUACAUCCAAUCGAAUGUCUUCAGACCCAUCUCAAAAAAGUGGUGUUUAAGUCAUUCGUAGGCUAUGAGAAACAGGUUAACUUUGCGAGGUUCUUUGUUUUGCAUGCAAAAGUGCUCAAAAAGGUUGAAUUUGAAGUAUAUGGCGAGUGCAACACUAUAUCAGUGGCUUAUCAUCACACGCUGCUAAAAGUGGAAAACAGAGCUUCUCGAGAUGCUCAGUUUGAAUUCAGGAGUAAACAUCGUCGUACUGUGUAUGAUGCACAUAUCCAUGAUUUGUCCGUGGCCGACCCCUUCGGACAGCCAUAGACAGGGUUGAUGCCUGAAGGUUGCCCAGUCUUAGUGUCUUGUGUUCAUUUGAAGACAAAGUUGAUGCCUAAAGAUUACAUCGUCUAGACGAGUCUGCUCAAUUCUAGUCUAAAGUUCCUCUGUCAUUCCAGUACCUAUGAAGUUACCCCUGUUAAAACUGCAAAUAAUAGUGCACUGCAGAGAGGUUAAAAUGGUCUGUAACCGGUAGGGAGCGGUAACCCCUAUUACCUUGUGAAUUUGUGGCUUUGUUCUGCUUAUGGUGGUCUAGAAACACAUGCAUGUAUUGGAAACUUAAUUGUCUUUUCAGUUAUAUACAGAAAUAUCUGAAGUUUAUUUGCUGGUUUGAUUUUUCGCAUAUGUGUGACAUUGUUCGAUGCUUAGGAAAGGCCAACCUGUAGGUUCGGCCCCUAUGCUUUCCUAGCUAGGAAGGAAACGUGUCUGUAAAUUUCUAGGUGCAUAUUGAAGUUUGGCUAAUGAUCCUGAACAGCUAGCCUGGGGAAGUUUGGCUAAUGUCUCUCGGGUGCUGCUGGAACAUGCUGUGGUUGCCUACUAGUUGAUCUGUCAGUAAAGGUUGAAUUUAGUGAAAUGAAAUUGGCUGCAUCCUUGUACAAAUUUGCAACUAAUUUUACUAAUGGUGUCGUAUUAGGAUAAUUAUGGACUUGGAAAUAGUGUUGGCUUUUCGGCAGGAUCCAGGUGUAUACUGCCUCAUAACCUGUUUUCAACAUUACUACCACUAAGUGGUAAUUCUGAAAUAUCUUUGUUGCUUUCAAAACCUUUUGUUUUUUCAACAUUUACUUGUUGGACUUUUGUCACUGUAUAUGGGGUACCCACACUUACAUAAGAGAGGCUUGAGAUACUGAACAUAUGUGGACAGUUUCGGCGGAAUUGGUCGCAUUUCGUUACCGGCCAUACAUAUCUCUUUUCCAUGGACAUGAAAGAAUCAGCAAGAAACAUGUUGUUGGCUUGCUGUGUGCAUAGCAGUUUUUGUAGCUUCUUCUGCAUCUGUGGUAUGAGUGCCUAGUGCCUACACAACAAGGAAGGACCUACAGCAAGCAAGUCAUUUCUGCAUCUCAGCUAGAUACCUGCAGAGCAACCAAUCUCAUCAGUCAAACCAAUUUUUGUAAUAAUCAUUCAUUGAAAAGCCAUAUUCAAGUAUCACUGUAUAAAUUUUGCCAAAAGCUCAAAAGCUGAACCGUCUCAACAUUAUUGGACAAAGAUCGACAUUAUAAACAGAGAACAUCAAUAAGACGACAGUCAGUUCGCAGUGGCACACCUUUGACGAUAAAGGGUUUCCCCUCGCUUUAUAUAUAAAGCAAAUGACCGAUACAUC